GCGUUGUAUUCGGAUUGGUAUGUCUCAAAUAUUCAUGAUUAUGAUCAUAAUUAAUUAGUCGAGUCAAAAAGACUGAGAUAAUCGGAAAAACAUGCAUAUGCCUUGCCUAUUUAAAGUGUUCGUUAACAGAAAACACACUAUUAAAACAAACUCUUCUUAGUUGGAACAAGAGGUCUCGCGUGAGUAUAGAUCCCAGCAACAACGCUCGACCACACCAUACUGGCCACUUAAUCAUUCAAAUAGACAACACCUUCCCUUAAUUCAUGAUCAUCAAAAAGACAAAAAAAAAAGAUCGAAAUGGCUAGUGGAAGUGAGCGUGUGGUGGUCGUAGGAGUCGAUGAUUCAACUCAUAGCUACCACGCACUAGAGACAGCUCUCGAUCUCUUCUUCACACCUUUCAAAUCAAACCCACAAUUCAAACUCGUCGUCCUUCACGCCAGACUCCCCGCUACCUCCGUCCUCGGCUUUGCCGGACCCGGAACGGUCGAUAUAAUACCACUGGUGGAACAAGAUUUAGACAAGACUGCAGACUUGGUUAAGAAGAAGUGUACCGAUGUCUGCUCGGCUAAAUCCGUUGAGAUCACUUCGUUGGAGGUUGUAGAAGGAGAUCCCAGGAACAUAAUGCUGGAAGCAGCGGAGAGACACCAUGCAUCUGUUCUUGUUCUUGGGAGCCAUGGCUAUGGAGCUGUCAAGAGGGUGUUUUUGGGGAGCGUGAGUGACUAUUUAGCUCAUCAUGCUCAUUGCUCCGUUAUGAUCGUCAAGAAGCCUAAGGUUAAACAUGCUUCAAACGAUAAACACUAAUGAGAGAAAACAAGAUGUCUCUUCUGUUUAAUAUGUUAUGUAAACAUUUUUAUUUGUUGAAUAACUUUAAAACUUGUAUACUCUUCUUCCCUAACGUCAAUAUGGUUAAUGUAUCUCUUCCCUGUAUUCACUAAAUUAAUUGGUUCUUGUUUGUUUUAUUCUCUUUGAUUUGCUUCGAUAUGAUCAAAGCUCUAAUGAUGACUUUACCGGCAAAAAAGUUUGGUUCAAGAAUG